AUGGAGACUAAGAACAACUCCACGGAUCUGAAGCUUGACACUCUUCCACGAAGAUCCCAAGACAUUGAGUUUGGAUCCGUCCAACCGAUUUCGGCAGACAGUGAUAACGUAAAGCAAGAAUCUGUCGCCACAGAUGCAAACAAUGAGGCCGAAGUUUACUUGGCAGAGCACCAUGCCGAAUGGGGUCAGUAUACAGAACAUGAAUCCAAGAGAGUUCUUCGACGCAUCGAUUGGCGUAUUCUCCCACUUAUCACUAUCACAAUGACCUUAGCCGGGGUGGACAAAAUCCUCAUCUCAAACGCAACCCUUUACGGAAUGACCGAAGAUGUUGGCCUUCACGGGGACCAAUAUAAUUGGGUUGCAUCAAUUUUCUACUUUGGGUAUAUGGCCGCCACAUUCCCUGCCAAUGCAAUGCUUCAGAAGAUUCCCGUGGGAAAAGCGCUAGGCUGUGCAACGAUAGGCUGGGGUGCCCUUGCCACGUUAAUGGGGGCUUCCAAUAAUUUUGGUGGACUUUUGGUGCUUCGUUUAAUUAUGGGCUGCUUUGAAGCACCCAUAUUUCCUUGCAUUACAGCUCUCGUUGGCAUGUGGUACACGAAGAAGGAGCAGCCAACGCGUACAGCCAUUUGUUUUGCUGUAUUCUCGACGUUGAUUACCGGUACAGUGUCAUAUGGCAUUGGACAUUCGAACACAAGUGUCGCUCCCUGGCGUCUCCUAUUCUUCGUUUUCGGACCGGCCACAAUAUUAUGGGGUAUCAUAUUGCUUGUUUUCCUCCCAGAUUCACCGCUCAAGGAUGGUUUCAUGAAAGGAAAACAAAGGUUUAUUGCAAUUUCCAGAGUUAAGGGGAAUAUGACCGGCAUUGAAAAUAAGAUAUUCAAAUGGUAUCAAGUUCGAGAAGCCUUUUUAGACUACAAAACAUACGCACUCUUUCUUUUCUACUUGUGCAGUAAUGUUCCCCUAGGUGGUCUGUCCACUUUUGCUGCACAGAUUGUCUCGGGACUUGGCUAUUCCUCUCUUGAGACAACGCUACUGGGAAUGCCUACGGGGAUGUUCCAGACCUUUGCUGGUCUUCUGGUUGCCAUUCCGCAGAUUUGGCUGAAAAACAUGCGCUGUUUGACGUCAGCACUAUGUUGUCUCAUUCCACUGGCUUGCUCUAUAAUCAUACGACGGUUGCCGAAUGAUAAUAUGACUGGUAAACUUGUGUCGUAUUACUUCUUCUUUUUCUUCUGGGGUCCUUAUGCAACAGUCUUAUCACUUCCCAUGGCCAAUGUGUCAGGGUACACAAAAAGGCUCACGGUGAAUGGCUGUGUCUUCGUGGCAUACUGCAUCGCCAUGAUAAUUGGACCACAGCUUUUCAUCGAGGCAGAGGCACCCCGAUAUCAAACAGGUUACAAUUGUAUCCUGGCAUUUGAAAUUUGUGCGGUCAUUUGUUUGGCUGUAUAUGCAUUUGGGUGUAUGAUUGAGAACAAACGUCGUGACAAGCGCGAAGGCAAAAACUUCCAGAUGUCAAGUGCCCAUCAGUUGAGCGACCUCACAGAUCGAGAGAAGGAGGGGUUCAGGUACAUAUAUUGA